AUGAUGGUAAACAUAUCACUUAACAAUCAAAAAGCUAAUUAUGUAAACCUUGGUGAAGGCUCUCCUGUUACCCACCUGAUCAAGCUCCUAGAAGGAGAAGAUGGUUGUGGUGCCUGUUACAAUGAGGUACCUGGGUGCAAGAAAAACUACUGUCUUAGACAUUCAGGAGACAAAACUCUAAAUAUAACAUUAAAAGAGAUUACCAAGUCCAUGGAGGGCUUUUACAGGUUAUAUCCAUACUGCUUAGGAACUAACCAUAACUGUACAACACACCAACCUUUGAAGAGUUUCAUGCUCUUCAUUGAAGGUAGAGUCAGAUCGCUUACUUUAACCUUUUAACUCCCAGAAGUAAUUAACAUGUUACUUCUCCACUAUAACAUGCAUACAUUAUCCAGCAAAUGGGUUGUGAGAGUACUUGAAAUUAUCAGGUAAAAGAUAUUACCUUGAUGAAACACCAAAUUCUCAUAACCAAUUUACAAGAAAAUGUGUAGCACCUAGAGGAGAGAAUAUCCUGGUUGCCUCCCUCAUUGUUUUAAAUAAAAUUCCUUAGAAUGUGCUUCUAUCUCAGUAAGCCUAGUGUAUAUAUCUAAAGAGCAUCUUUGCCUGCAUGAAGCUAUGACAACUACUGAGACAAACUCAGGCCCUGCAGAGCAGGUUUCUUUAAGUAGAAAGGUGUAUCUAAUGAGGAAAUGCUGGAGAAAAAUAAUAAUUGUCUAUUUAUUGAAUACUUCAAAAUUGUAUCUAAGGUUUGUGCAAGCUAAGUGACUGUGGCCCUGAUGGUGGUGUGAAAAAUUAGGGCUGAGUUAAAUUUAGUGAUUGUGCAACUUAAAUGUGAUUUUACAACCAAGUAAAUUGUGGCUCAUAUAUAAUGAGGAAAAAACUUAGAAUAUAGGAUAAGGAAUUUAUGUUGUGAAAAAUACUCUUCAUUGCCUUAGGUUAGGACACAUUUAUAUGGAAGAAUCACAUUGACUUCCAACUUGACUUUUUGUAUCUGUUUACUGAAAAGGUGAACAGCUACACUUAAUGUGUAAAAAGUGAUGACAUAAACUUGCUUUCAUCAUUGCAUAUAAGCCAGAGCCAACAAAGGUGACAACAGUUGAGACAGACUCAGGCCCCACAGAAUGGGUUUCUUCAGGU